CGUCAAUCAUCUUGUAUGACUACAUAGAUACCGGAAGUUGCUAAAUGUUAGCAAUAAAAACAGGAUUGUAACUUAUUUCAAAGUAAAUAGCAAACUCGCCGGGAAUAUAGAGAUUUUAUUUUACAGAGGCAGUUUAGUGUCAUUAGACCACCUACAUGCAUGUUUUGGGGGAAAUGGGUAGAAACCAGUGCAAACCCACAUGGAAACAGGAAGAACAUGUGAGACUGCACACGGUAACCAGAGGGACCGCCACAGGACUAUCAGUGGUCUGGUAUUAUUGCAGAAAUCCAAAUGUAGGUUUAGGAGACCAGACCACAGUGGCAAGCAAAAAUGAUCCUAGCAAGGCAAGAUGAGGAAGAAACCUGUAGAGGAACCAGACUCAAAAAGGAACUAAUCUUCUUUGGAGCAACACCCGGUAGUGGGAUUGUUAAUGAUUAGUCUUUACAGUUACACCAUACUGUAAAGUCAAACACAACUUAUCACAGAAACACAGCUUGGGCCUGAAUGUGCAGGGACAAGAUGGAGGUUCCCUCGUAUCACUCCAAGCUGUUAUGUGAGCUGAAUGAACAGCGUAAGAGGGAUUUCUUCUGUGACUGCAGCGUCGUCGUGGAGGGCCGUGUGUUCAAGGCGCACAGAAACAUCCUGUUUGCCAGCAGCGGAUAUUUCCGGGCUCUGCUUGUGCAUUACUUGCAGGAUAGCAGCCACAGGCACAGCACAGCUUCUCUGGACAUCGUCACAGCAGAUGCCUUUUCACUCAUCCUGGACUUUCUGUACUCUGGUCGUCUAGACCUGCGCACUGAUAACGUGAUUGAGAUCAUGUCUGCUGCCAGCUACCUGCAGAUGACUGAUGUGGUGAACUUUUGCAAAGGCUACAUCAAAUCAUCAUUGGAGAUCUGUAACAGGGAGAAGGAGAAGCAGAAAGAAAUGGGCCGAGAGAGAGAAGGACCUGCUGAUAGCGGGACGCCUGCAUCAGUCUCAAGUGUUCCUGCAGCGUCCACUUCCCAAGCAGACAGAGGAACCCCGCAGAGCAUGGAGAUGCCCACGUCUGUUGAGGCGUCCUCCGAUAUUCCCUCCACACCAGCUGCUACCAGCAGCAAAGACUCAGAGAGCGAGAGCUCACAGGGAGGCUUCUCCAGCCAGCCAGCCACCAAUGCUGCUGUUAAAAGCAACCCAGCGCAAGACGUAAUCAACCCAUCAUCUUCAGGGAUGCUUAUCGUGCCAGUGCACACAAAAAUUAAAUUUGACCCCGAUGAAGAAGGUGAGUGUUCACUUGAAGCCAAGGACAUGGACCUGUACGAAAACCCGAACAACGGUGAAGACAGAAUUCUCAGCUCAAGUCCUGCAACAAGCAGUGAGCCAACAUCCCUGCCUCCAUACCCCAAUUAUCAGAUGAAGCAGUAUGUAGAUGUGCUGCUACGUGGAGGAACCAGCUCUCAUCGAGAAGAGCUCGUUUCUCACUUUGGCCACGGUAUGGGAAGCAGUAAUAUGAUGGGUCGAGUAGAUGAAGGACUAGGUCAUGGAGGAUCCUGCAGUAUGGAGAUCCAAAAUGACUGGUAUGUGGAGGAUGCAGUUUUCUACUCAGGGAGGCUGCAUAAGUGUCCGUUCUGCCCAUAUACAACCAAACAGAAGGGCAUUCUGAAGAGGCACAUCCGCUGUCACACUGGGGAGAGGCCGUACCCGUGUGAGAUCUGCGGAAAGCGUUUCACUCGACAGGAGCAUCUGCGCACACACGCUGUUACUGUCCAUCGUGCAACCUGGCCCAUCGUGUGUAAGGGCUGCCGGCGUGUCUUCUCUGGGGCCGUAUCUCAGGGUCUAAAGCGCUUCGGCCUUUGUGAUAAUUGUACUUGCGUCACUACAACUAACGAGGACUCUCCUUCCAUGAACCUGAGCAGUCAGUCUGUGGGUGGGGAACAGGCCACGACAGACUCUGAUUGGCCCAUCUUCAUGGUGGAUGGGGACGAGGAACCCAGUGCAGGUGCUGGGGAAGUAGAUGAUAAGAAGGACCUUCAUAGGCAGCUUGCAGAGGGAGGAAGUCUCCUGUAGGCCUUGAAAAACAUACUGAGGUUUCUGAUGGCUUCUUCUUUCAUUCACUUUGCUAAAGGUUUAGUAAACAGACCAAGAGGUCAAGGCUUGGGAAGACGGACGUUACAGAGAACCUGCUGAUACACACUACAGCAAGAAUAAGCGUAUCAACAGAUCCUGAUUUUCAUUGUUCUGGGGGAAACAUCUUGUUUGGCCUAAUGCCAAUUAGUGAGAGUACUUAAAGUUAGUACUGAUCUGUAAUCAUGUUUACGGGUAUGCAGUCUUUAAGAACCAAACUUCCACACCUUGUCUGGAAUCGAUUAUAAAUGGUUAAUACGAUUUAGUAAAUAUCAAAUGACAACUUUGGUACAUCAGUAAGUGUUUGAUGUUUGAUAAUGCCAUUAACAUGGACAUCUUAAAGUUGCGCAUAUUUAGAGAUUGUCUAAAGUGAUCAUACAUAUACACCCAAUCAUAAGAGAAUCUUAAUUACUAUAACACUAGACAAGUUCUAUGGCUAUUUCUACCUACAUGUAGGUUAUUUCUGAGACUGAAAUACUGACUGGCUGGAGAGAUACAGCAUAAUAAAUUUCAUUAUAACAAAAAGCAUUUCAUAAAAAUUGUGUUGGGGCCCCAGGGCUCCUUAAAGCAUAGCUAGGAGGUCAACAACUUUUGUUUUAUUACACCUCACCAUGGUCAAAGUUAUUGAGCCUAUAAAUAAUGCUGAAUGGAAUCUAAUGAUAAAAUUGUGAUAAAAAUAUUCUAUUGGUGGACAUAAAAACAUCAUUAAAUAGUAUAAAUGUGGCAAUUUAUUAUUAUUAUUAUUGAUCAGAUUUAUCUGUGCUGAGGUUAUUAUUAUUAUUAUUUUUCAGGUAUCCUUGACUAUAAAAGGUUUUGUGAACAAAACAUUUCUCUUUGAAAAUGAAAAUGUGAGAUUAUUAAAUUUGGCUAGAUCAUAUGAGGCAAGUGUUCAAUAUUUUUCUAAUUUAAAUUGUUUAUCUUGCUUAUGGGGUUUAAAUAAUCAUGAAAAAAUUGCUCAAUUUAUAAAUCACAAUUGUUUAUCAUAAUAAUUUAAAUAAUUUAAGCAGAAAUCUUUGCACUUUAUCAGUUAAAAUAAACAGAAAACUGUCUAUCCAUAUUGCUUUAAAUAUUUCUUUCAAUUGUAUACAUUUUUUAAUCAACAUAAAACAUAAUCCUGGUAAUAUUAAUAUAACUUUUUUUUUUUUUUUAAGUACUAUUAAACUGAAAGAGAUGUAACAAGGUACCAGAGUUUGUAAUCAUGGCUGUCUCAGAUCUGCCCUGAUUUUGUCUAGUGCUCUUUAGAUUUGUGUGUGAAUGAAAUCGCUGCGUUUGAAACGAGUCUUGUGAAAUCUGUCUGAACGUGUUGUGGCUGACAGUUAAAUCACACACCACACUCAGUCUUUAGUCUGAUGUCUUGUACAGCCCUAUUCUGCUGGAUUUUUCUACAGUGCAAAUCGUGAUGAGUGUUUCAGUCAUUAAGAGUUUUGUGCAGCAUUUACAGCAGCCUUUAAUGACAUUUGGGACCUGAACUGUUACUGCGUCAAUCAUAAAACCCACAUUUAUGGGUCAAUGUUAAAGCAGGGAAGCAAUGUUUGACCAAAGUGCAAAUGUUUUCUCACUUUUAAUUUUUAUUUAUGUUUGUAUGUAACUUUUGCUCACCUGUGAACACGAAAGGUUGCAGCUUUAUAUGAAAUAACAUGCAAUGAAAAUAAAUGCUGUAUUACUGUAAUACUGA